AUGGCAGGAUUGGAUGUGCCUCAGCCAUUUUUGUCCCCGGUUUGCAAGGUGGCUCCUCACCCACUUGAUCUCGUCGCCACCGCCGCCUACCUCCACUUCGGCCACCUUCUCCGCCGCCGCGCCACCCACAAUCUGCGCCUUGGGGUUCUUCUUCACUCCUGUUUCAAGAAACUUGCUCCUUUAAGUCACGUGUUUAGAUUGAAGGAUAAGUGGUGUCAAAGAUGCCUUGAACUCAAAGAGAUGAAUUAUCUUAAUCCGUCAACUGGUGAUUUGACGUCAUCAUGUUCAACUAGUUUCUCUUUCUUUAAUGGGGGAGGACAUGGAGGUCGAUUUGGAAAUGCUGGGAUGUCUAACUCCAAGAUGUCAGGAAAAAAUCCUUUUAAUGGAAGGAAAUGGACGGAUAUUCUCCUUGCUGCCAAUGUUUUAUUUUAUAUUGCACAACUUGCAACUCAAGGCAAGCUAUUAUUUUGGGGAGCGAAGAUAAAUAGUCUUAUUGACAAAGGACAACUUUGGAGACUUGCCACAUCUUCCUUUUUGCAUGCUAACGUCGGACACCUCUUGGUAAAUUGUUAUUCCUUAAAUUCAGUUGGUCCCACUGUGGAGAGCUUCAGUGGUCCUCGAAGAUUUCUUGCAGUUUACUUUAUCUCUGCAAUUGCAAGUUCUGCUACAAGCUAUUGGUUCUGCAGAAUGCCUGCAGUGGGUGCCUCAGGAGCAAUUUUUGGACUAGUUGGAUCAGUCGCAGUAUUUGUAGUAAGGCACAAGGAUAUUGUGGGAGGUGGUAAAAAAGGUUUACUGCACAUAGCACAAGUAAUUGCCCUUAAUAUGGUUAUUGGGCUAAUGUCCACUGGGAUUGACAAUUGGGGACAUUUAGGAGGCUUGGUUGGUGGAGUUGCUGCAUCAUGGCUUAUUGGACCCGCAUGGAAAUAUGAAUCCACUUCAAGGGAUGGGAGAAAACUUUUCAUUGACACUGCACCAAUGUAUAAUCUCUUCAAGAUUAAAACAGUACCUAAGCAAUGGAAAUAG